AUGGCCUUGUCUACGGUCACGCAGGCAUCUGCCGGCAAGCCCCCAGCGCACAGCACUGUCGCUGGACAACGGCCGCCUGGCCAGACCCAUCUGGAGCUUUGGGCGUCAGGCCAGCAGACAAUGACCGAGCAGAUGGCCUCAGCAUGGGCGCGAGUGGUACUGGAACAGCCCCUGGACAGGAUACCGGGGGAGGCAGAAAUGCCGCGAUGGACAGUGCCAAUCAUUGAAGCGGGCGACCUGGGAGAGCCACCUCCAAUGGAGACCCUGGACCACCACGUGACCAUCUGGGUGGCCGCUCCCUACUAUGAGACCGAGGUGCUGGAUGUUCGAGUACCGCUCCCCCUAAGGCUCUCCAGUCUCAAGGAGGCCAUGGCGGGAUCACUUUCAGUCAUCCCCGACACCUUCAAUCAAUACUUUGAGACGGUGCCCCAGAUCGACAGGCACUACGCGAGCUUUGUUGCCCUGCCCCAAUGGAUGGCGGAGACGAACAAGAUGGUGUUGAUCAUGGACGCGCGUCCGAUGGGGGGACAAGUCUACGCCUUCUACGUUGACUCCCUGGUCAACAGGCAUGUUGUUGAGAACAACCUGCCGGUCUACGAGGAGGCGGACUAUGACAUCUACCUGUUUGGAAGGGAGCGACCACUCCCGCGAGGCCAAGCGGUACAGCCCAUUCAAGGCGGAGUGGUUAUGAUUGUUCCCACGGGAGCAGUCUGCAUGUGGGCUGAUGACCUCCAGCAAAGGCUCCCACACCCCGAAAGGUGGCUCCCCAGCCCGGAUCCUCCAGGAUUACAUCCCUCCCUUCACACGGUAUACCAGUCUGCCGACGACCAGGUCAUAGAGGAGAUCGACGACCACAACUUCAUGCCCCUCGAGGAGUCGCCCGCGGAAGCUCUUCUACUGGAUCAAGAAUGCCACGUAUACCUCCCGGAUGACCGGAUUGAGCGCCUUACUCAUGGAGGACGUCAGAUAUGGGAGCAGGUUGCAGUCGUUGAGCCCGACGAGGAGGAAGGAGGGCCCUACUUGAUUGUCUUCCUCGACCUACGGCAGCUUGGUUUCUUCCCUCAGUGGGCCCAGCUGACCGUGCCUCGCUUCGACCCGCGGGAGUUUGUCGAAGGACUUCAGAUGCAAGGGGUAGAGAACUGGAUGGUGGCAGUAGUUGGCGGCGUCCCGCGCGACCGGGACCGCCUUGAAGUGCGACACCAGGAAACCCUGAUCUUCAGUCUGCUCCCACCGGAUGGUGCUCCGGAAGAGACUGAGAUUGAGGAAGAGGGCGACGAUGACAGCACAAGCACGUCCUCGAGCAGCUCCACUAUGCGAGAUCCUCUUCCUCAUUCCAGUGACUUUAGCUCCGGACCCAACAGCCCAAGCGGACGCCCAAACGGACCUCCGCCCCCACAGCCAGUCAACCGGAGCCGCUCGCCAAGAAGACGAUCAGGCGACCUCCAGGAGCACUAUGUGGCUGAGAACGAGCGGGGCAUGGCCACUGUCCGGCUCAUUGAGCAUGUCCACCCCCUGCAGUUUGACAUCUCCAAGGAGACCGUCUUGAUUCCGGGGGUACAAGAGAAUGUCAGGACUAUGAUGCGGCCAUGGUCACCCGAGUGGCUGCAACCUGAUCUCAGCCAGUGUGACAUGAAGCAGACCACCAAGGCGAGGCUGCAAGAAACGGUCCACUGGGUGGAUAUCCUAGGAGCCAAGGAUCCUUUCUCCCUGCACAUCUAUACAGAUGGCUCCUGGUUGGCACCAAGGAAGCUCGGUGGCUACGGAGUGGUGCUCCUUUUGAUGACCACCACGGCCACUGCCCUGUUUGGAGUGCUAGGAGAGCAAACACAGGGGAACGGGCAAUCCCCGUGGGACUUUGAGGGCCCCCCGGCGCUAAAGAAUGAACAGCUGGCGAUCGGAGCGGCUCUACUCUGGUUGGUUCAGGCCAGGACCUUCUUUGGGCCGACUACGGUCUCCUUGCACUACGACUGCCUUGCGGCAGGACUACCGGCAAAAGGAGAGUGGCCCAGCACGACGGACUUCUCCGGACGACUGCGAGAUCUGCAAAGAUGGGCCGACAGCUUGCUACCUUCCCCGAUCUGCUACCAGCACGUCAAAGCGCAUAUCGGUGAGCCUUUCAAUGAAAUGGCAGAUUCGAUAGCCAAAGCAGCGGCGAUGGGAGCAACAUACGCUGCGCCUCCUUACUAUGUGGCGCGGAAACUACUGGAAGAAGAUUUCUCAUGGGUUUCCAUUGUGAACUCACUGCCAGGUGCGGCAGCCUAUCCCUGGGCAGAAGGACCCUCUCUGAGCUGGCGUCAAGAAGAGCACGAUUGGGCCACUACACUGUCUCCACAUCAGCUUAUCCCCACUACCUGCACGACCUACGGCAAGAGUGAGGAAGCUGCCGUUGAGUUUGAGACGGUUGUGGUGACAUGGAAUGUGCAAGGCAUCGGAGGCCAACACAGAUACAUUGAGGAGCAGCUCCAGCACCUCCAGUGUGGCAUCGCCCUGCUCCAGGAGACCAAGCACCCGUCGAGUCUGUGCUCCUCUUCCAGAUUCCUCCGAUUGUCCACCCAGGCGGACAAGCACUGGGGAGUGGCUAUAUGGCUGAGCAACACUUGCGGAGCUCUGCGGGUAGCUGGCAAGCCAAUCAAGGUCAGGGAGACUGACCUCUAUGUCUGCUACGAAUCCCCGAGGCUGCUCAUACUCUCCAUUGCAAUUGGGAGUACGAAGAUCAUUGUCUUCUCGGCCCACUGUCCUCACAGUGGCAACAGGGAGGAAGCCCGGCAGUUUCUCCUUCGCCUUCAGGAGGAGUUGCGACCCUACAAGCGGCAAGCCCUUAUCAUCGGUGGGGUUGACCUCAACGGCAGGAUCGAGACCAACGUCCCAGGUGCUACGGGUGAUCUACAGCAUGGGGAGCCGGAUGCCACAGGAGUCGAGGCAGCUGCCCUCUGUCGAGACCUAGGUCUUUGGGUGCCCACUACUUACAGUCGGUACCAUCGUGGGCAAUCGGCAACUUACCGUCACCCUCAAGCCACGGAGCACAGGAUCGACUACGUUCUACAAGGCGGUACAGCGGAGAUCCACGAGGCAGGCACUGCUGUGCUCCAAGAUCUUGAUGCUGGUGGUGCUGGAGAUGACCACUGGCCUGUAUCUGCACGACUCAGAGGCCGCCUGCAGCCAAUUCAGAGUACAAGGCGCCUGUGGAGGCCCAAGUUUGAUGUGGCUAAGAUGCUGACGGUGACAGGAAGGGAGAUCAUAGCGCAGGCCAUGAACACCUACAGCCCGCCACCGUGGACGACCCACCCGGAUCAGCACUGCCAACACCUCAAUGAGUUCAUCCACAGCAUCCUCGCCAGACAUUUUGUCAAAGAUGUGGAAGGGCCGAGGGCCUCCUACAUAACUGAGGAAAUGUGGAAGCUGCGGCUAAAGAAGAUGAACUUCAAGAAGAGGGUACGCCACCGGGUUACCCUAUGGAAAGACUUGCUCCACAGGGCGUUGCUGCAGUGGAGGGAGCGCAGCGAUUAUGGUCUUGAGGUCCUGCUGGCCAAACAGGGCCUCCUCUACCAGCUGGCCUCGGUGACCAUUCAAUUCGUCACCAGGGCGCUCAAGAAAAAUAUCCGGCAGGCCAAGGAGAACUUCUUGCGAACUGUAGCAGCUGAAGGUGGGGGCACUGCUGCAGACAUACUUGGCCGGAUAAAGCGAGCUGGGAUUGGAGGCAGCAAGUCGAGGCAGCCCUUCAAGCCCCUCCCGCUACUCUAUGCGGAGGAGGAACAACCAGUGCGGUCAUGUGAGGAUCGAGACUCCCUUUGGCUACACUACUUCGGGGAGCAGGAAAUGGGCACCAUCCUGGACACGGCGGAUUUUCUACGAGAGCCCUACAAGCCGAUUCUGGUUGAUGAGACGGUCGACUGGAACCUUCAGGUCCUGCCCAGCCUCGGCGAGAUAGAGCAGACCCUGAGAGGUCUUUCCCUACGGAAGGCCUCGGGCCUUGAUGCCAUCCCUGCGGAGUUCCUCAAGGCGGCCCCGGGGCCAACCGCUGCGGCGGUGCAUAGCCUGUUCUUCAAAGCUAUGGCCACAUUCCAGCAACCCCUCCAUUGGAGGGGGGGGAUCUUCUAUGAGUGCUGGAAAAGAUCAGGCAAACAAUCGGACCCGGCCAUGUACCGAUCUUUGUUUGUCAGUUCCAUGAUGGGCAAGACCUACCACAAGCUGCUUCGCCAGAAGGUCCAGGCUGAGGUCAACAACAGCCUGCACAGCUUUCAUUUGGGGCACCCCGGUCUGCAUGCCCUCCCUAUACAUCCUGACACACAUCAGGAAGACGGCGGCACGGGGACUUUCCUCCUCAGUCCUGUCCUGACGGUCUUCCGACGUUUUGGUCUGGAACCCAGCGACGUACAUGAUCUGAUGGAGCAGAUCCAGAUGGGGGGCAUGCUCAAAGAUGCCAGGAUCCCCUCCGCGGUGCGACACGCGGCAAAGGACCUGCACCACAGAGCUUGGUUUGUCUCUGCCCAUAGCUCUGGUGCACAACUCUGCUGCACGACAGCAGGCAGUCGGCCAGGAGAAGCGUGGGCGGACAUUGUGUAUGCCUUCGUUUACUCCCGCGUCCUGUACCGCAUCGAGGAGUAUGCGAGGGGCGAGGGUUUGUUGGACACGAUAUAUGUCGAUGUCUCGGAGGGCCCCUUUGCGGAAGCCGGUUGCGGCACUCCUUCGGAGGGAGGCGAUGCCACGUGGGCUGACGACUCCGCAUGGCCAAUCUCUGGGGAAACCCCUUCGGGUCUUCUCCGCAAGACGUCCCGACUCUGCUCGCUUGUCCUCAGCAGCUGCUACCAGCAUGGCAUGCAGCCAAAUCUUCGGCCCAACAAGACGUCCGUUAUCUUUGCCCUGCGAGGCAAGGGCCGAGUAGGGGCAAGACAGAAGUUUUUUGGACAGGGCAAGCCGGUGCUGAGGCUCCAUGAUCUCGAGAAGGAGAUCCCAGUCGCGCUGCAGUACAAGCACCUGGGGGGCCUUGUUGACUGCCGCAACCUCAUGGCCCCAGAAGCAAAAAGAAGGCUGGCAAUGGCGGCGGCUGCCUUUGACCAGGCCAAGGAGAUGCUGUACCUGAACGAUAAGAUCGGCCUACCGGUCCGUGCGGCACUCUUUGCUGCCACUGUUGGGGCUACUUUCCACAACCUUGCCCAAUGGAUACCCAACGGCCAGGACUGGGCUAUACUCUCCGGAGGAUACUCACGACUCCUCCGUCGGCUCCUCACUAAGGAUUUUCCGGGCGAAGCUCUCUUACAUGUUCCCCCAGCUUUGGUGCACAUCCUUACUGGAUCAUGGCCGCUGGAGCUUGUGGCCAAACGGGCGAGGCUUAGCCUGCUUAGGUCCUUGGCGAGAGCGGCGCCUGACCUUUUAUGGGGCGCGCUCCAAGAGGAGCAGUCCUGGCUUCGAGUGGUCAGGGAAGACCUACAAUGGUUGGUCCAAAAGAAUGGGGACGAAUGGCCGGCGCUUCGGCCGGCUUCAUGGCCAGAGUGGAGGAGCCUGUUCUUGCGUGCGGCGAGCUGGAUCAAAAGGAGGACGGGCACAAGGCUCAAGGCGGAGUUCAAGGACCUCUGCGAGCGCUACAAGGUGUCCCUGACCAUCUGGGCGGUCUACAAGCGGUGUGUUGCCACCCUUCGUAGCCAUGGACUUCUGGCCCGGAGCCAUGUACCGGGCUUCGGCAGCAAACUCUGGAAGAAGACAGAGAUAGAGGGCUUCAAUCCGAGUGUGCCCAAAGAAGUAUCUGCCCCACUUCAGCCCGGCGAGGGCUCAGAGUGGGACCCGGUCCAAAAAGCAGCGCACGCGGAGCUCUGCAAUGUCCUGCUCGACAGGCAGAUACCUGCGGAUGCUGCAGGAAUCCUCGGCCUGAUCAGGUUGACCAUCAGUAAGUUCCCCCUCUACCAGGACGAGAUCGACGACAUCGUUGACUUUGUCCGGACCGAAGCCCAGGAGAUCGGGCAGGAACUCAUGGCCGAGUUCUGGUCGGAGGAGCUUGCAGUUGCAAUGGCUGAAGCGUUCAGCACUUUUCUUUCAUGCGAGUGGCCUGUGGCAGAGCAGCCAAUGGCCGACCCCCAAGUCGGCAUGACCCACUGGGACAUCGCCGCCCACAUGAACGAGGUUCAUUGGGAAUCUAUCUGGCUGGCGGCCACAGGUGUUCACGGGACCCCUUCAAGCUGCACCUUUGAGCUGAGCCCCUGCUGGGAAACCGAGUGGCGGGGUUUGAGCGGCGUAGCUACUGUCUCGGUCGUGAACAGUCACCUGUGGAGCUGGCUGCCAGAAGCUCUGCGCCAAGUUGUACAGGCGGCCCUAGAAGGGCAUCGUCCACGCUUGAAGGCGCCACGCUCAUUCUGGCAGCACCAGAUUUCAGUGCCGUUCCGGCGCUUUGCACAGCAUGCAAGUAAUUAG